CUGCUAAGGAAAGAGAUCUAGAUGGGCCAGAUGCCGACUGGAGAGGGACGGGAGAAGACACUGUAGGGUUUGGGGGGCUUGGCACAGUGGCCCUGGCCCCUGCACUGUGAUAGCUCCAAGCCACAUGGUGCAGGGCAGCUGCUGGGCUGCGGGGAAGAGGGGCUGCACUUCCUGAGCUGGUGCAGCAGCAGAGUUGAUGGGGACCAGGACCCUGAACCCGCCUGGCCAUCCAAGGCGGGGGACACCGGCUGCACCCAGGCUGUGACCUCAGCUGACUCCGAUGAUCCACAUGGGAUGCAGGGUCUAAUUUUAGCUCCAGCCACAGGGGCCACAGUCCAGGAGUGUCUGCCAGCGGGCACAGGGGCAGCCAGGGCUGCUCAGGCAAGGGGAGGAGCGAGAAGACCAGCCCAGCUCCCUCCAGCCCGUCCCUGGCCAAGCCGCCCCUUGUGGGAGCUCUGACUGGUCCCCAUGGCCUGGCAGACAGCCUUCCUCUCAGUUGAGGGCAAGGUCAAGGGGUGCAGCCAGGAGGUCAGGGGGACACGGCCCUGCAUUCUGGACAGGGGUUGUGUCAGCCAGAGCAGUGCCCAGGGGCAGGGGCCCCUGCUGGGAGGGCAAAGGCUGGCUUGGUUGCCUAAACCAAGAAGGCAGUGUCCUGAGGGCAGGGGGGCCAGGCCAGCAAGCUGGGUCCCACCUGGCCUCCUCCUGCCUGGCUGGUGACUCACUGUCUGACCUUAGACAGGCAGCCUGGUCUCAAUGGGCCUCAGUCUUCCCAUCUGUACAAUGAGAGGGCAGGACUAGCAGGUGGGUCCCAGCUCUAGUCGCCCGCCCCAGGCCCUGCUCUUCCUGCUUGCUGGCAGAGGCCUCCCAGCUUCCCCAGCCCUGACUGUGGGUGGCCACAUGCAGUCGUGGAGGAGAAUAAGGUCCCUCUGGCUGGCACUGUCAGCCUCCUGGCUCCUGCUUGUCCUGCUGGGAGGCUUCUCCCUUCUCCGCCUGGCAUUGCCUCCCAGACCUCGGCCUGGGGCUCCCCAAGGCUGGCCGCGCUGGCUGGACGCAGAGCUCCUGCAGAGCUUCUCCCAGGCUGGAGAGCUCCCAGAAGAUGCCGCUUCACCUCAAGCCCCUCAUGGUGGCAGCUGCGACUGGGGAGCCUGCUUUGACACCUCGAAGUGCAGGGGCGAUGGCCUUAAGGUAUUCGUGUACCCAGCUUCUGGACCGAUCUCUGAGACUCACCACAGGAUCCUGGCUUCCAUUGAGGGCUCUCGCUUCCACACAUUCAGUCCUGCUGGGGCCUGCCUCCUUCUCCUCCUCAGCCUGGAUGCCCAGACUGGAGAGUGCAGCUCAAUGCCUCUGCAAUGGAACAGGGGCAGGAACCAUCUGGUCCUCCGUCUCCACCCAGCUCCCUGCCCCAAGACCUUCCAGCUGGGACAGGCUAUGGUAGCUGAGGCCAGCCCCACAGUGGACUCCUUCCGGCCUGGCUUUGAUGUGGCCCUCCCUUUUCUCCCUGAAGCCCACCCGUUGCGAGGUGGGGCUCCUGGCCAGCUGCAGCAACACAGCCCCCAGCCCGGGAUAGCCCUGCUAGCCCUGGAAGAGGAGAGGGGUGGGUGGCGCACAGCAGACACCGGCUCCUCUGCCUGCCCCUGGGAUGCACGCUGUGAGCAAGACCCUGGACCUGGGCAGACCCAGCGCAGGGAGACUCUGCCCAAUGCCACCUUCUGCCUCAUCUCUGGCCACCGUCCAGAAGCUGCCUCGCGCUUCCUCCAAGCCCUGCAGGCCGGCUGCAUCCCAGUGCUUCUCAGCCCCCGCUGGGAGCUGCCCUUCUCCGAGGUCAUCGACUGGACCAAGGCAGCCGUCGUAGCUGAUGAGAGGCUCCCGCUUCAGGUCCUGGCUGCCCUCCAGGAGAUGUCCCCUGCACGGGUCCUCGCCCUGCGUCAGCAGACCCAGUUUCUAUGGGAUGCCUACUUCUCCUCGGUGGAGAAGGUUAUCCAUACCACUCUGGAGGUUAUUCAGGACCGGAUCUUUGGAACAUCAGCUCACCCCUCGCUGCUGUGGAACAGCCCCCCAGGGGCACUCCUGGCCCUGUCUACUUUUUCCACAAGCCCCCAGGACUUCCCCUUCUACCACCUGCAACAGGGCUCCCGCCCUGAGGGCAGAUUCAGCGCCCUGAUCUGGGUGGGGCCCCCAGGUCAGCCCCCUCUGAAGCUCAUCCAGGCGGUGGCAGGCUCCCAGCACUGUGCCCAGAUCUUGGUUCUCUGGAGUAAUGAGAGGCCACUCCCAUCCAGUUGGCCGGAGACAGCCAUGCCCUUGACAGUCAUUGAUGGGCACAGGAAGGUUAGUGAUCGCUUCUUCCCAUACAGCACCAUCAGAACAGAUGCCGUCCUCAGCCUUGAUGCCCGCAGCAGUCUUUCCACAAGUGAGGUGGACUUUGCCUUUGUGGUGUGGCAGAGCUUCCCAGAGCGGAUGGUGGGCUUCCUGACGUCAAGCCAUUUCUGGGAUGAGGCCCAUGGUGGCUGGGGCUACACUGCUGAGAGGACCAACGAAUUCUCCAUGGUUCUCACCACAGCCGCCUUCUACCAUAGGUAUUACCACACUCUCUUCACCCACUCCCUGCCCAAGGCUCUGAGGACCCUGGCAGAUGAGGCACCCACCUGUGUGGAUGUCCUGAUGAAUUUCCUAGUAGCGGCAGUCACCAAGCUGCCCCCUAUCAAGGUGCCCUAUGGCAAGCAGCGCCAGGAGGCUGCUCCACUGGCCUCUGGGGGCCCGGGGCCCAGGUCAAAGCCGCAGGCCCCAGCCCCCGACUGCGUCAACCAGAUAGCGGCAGCGUUCGGCCACAUGCCCUUGCUGUCCUCUCGUCUGCGUCUGGACCCGGUGCUGUUUAAGGACCCGGUGUCCGUGCAGCGCAAGAAGUACCGCAGCCUGGAGAAGCCCUAGGGGGCGACCCGCGGAGACCCCAGUGGAAGUCCUAGCCCAGCUCCCAGGGGAAGCGACACCUGCCUGCGGGCUCCGCCCUUGGGACACAGAACCUAUCAUGGCAGCCAGCGGGCCCACACGUCGGAUCCCGGUUGGCCAGUCACAACCGGGGGGCGUGGCCUUACCCUCUCCCGCCCGCCCGCCGUCGGCCGCGGAGCCUCAGUGCAGGCUCAGCCCCGCGUCCUAAGCGCCGCUCUCCGCUUCUCCACCCAGCUAACUUCUGCUUGUCUUUCAGAGCAUUGCCUCCCCCAGGGACAUUGCCUGGCUCUCCUCCCCGCCCCCGAUGGGUUCGGUCUUAGUGUUUGUCGCGGUUGCCGCAUGGUCAGGCCCCAGGACUGGCUUGCGAGCCCCGGGGGUCUGGUCUUUUCAUGUCUUUUUCUCUCUGGCUAGGCAGAUGUGCCGCAAAUAUUUGACGAAUAGAUGGAUGGCAGACAUUAACUGCGUGCCUGGCCCUAUGCGGGCGGCAGCGGGAUAGGGUGAGCGGAGAAACGGAACGGCCUCCCCACCCCAUUCCUAGGGUUCCUAGUCCCGGGAAGGUAGCUACCCAAAGACGCCUAGGUUGUCAGGUUCAAUCCUUGAGCCUCAGCCAAGGCGCAGAGGGGUGCGGGUAAACGAGGAGUGGGCGAGGAAAGCAGGACCGGAACAAGUGGCCGGCCCCUGUACGGCGCGCGCCGGCGGCGCAGCUUUGGCCGCCUGCCUUGCAUUACCGACGCCGACCACUAGAGGUCAGCGCUGCACCGCACUCGUCACUCCCAUGGCCAUAGGGCGGCCGGGAUGUGGAGGGUGAGCGCUGUGGGCAGCUCGGGGGCUGAAAGCUGGGAAGAGGAAUCUGAAGAACAGCCCCAUCUCUUUGGCCUGCACACUUGGAACUCAGUAAGAAGGGACUGUUUCCAGGUGGACUGGGCGCGAGCGGGUACUGUCCCCAGAGGUAUAGGAUGGAGUGAGGGAGGGGACACUAGGUCCUCCGGGGUUCACCCAACUGGAACUGGAAUUAUCACUUCCGAAAUAAAGCGCGUGUCCUUGCCCCCUCA